GAGAGAGUGAGCGAGAACCAGAACUAGAGAGAGAGAGAGAGAGAAAAAAGUUGGAUCUGAGUAAAUCGAAGAUGGCAGCGAACAUAGGGAUAAUGGAUUCAGCAUAUUUCGUAGGGAGAUCGGAGAUUCUCGCGUGGAUCAACUCCACUCUCCAUCUAAACCUCUCCAAAGUCGAAGAGGCUUGUUCAGGCGCGGUACACUGCCAGCUCAUGGAUUCGGUUCACCCUGGAACUGUUCCGAUGCAUAAGGUUAAUUUCGACGCCAAGAGUGAGUACGAGAUGAUUCAGAACUACAAGGUUCUUCAGGAUGUGUUCAAUAAGCUCAAGCUCACUAAGCACAUUGAAGUGAGUAAACUGGUUAAAGGUAGACCACUUGAUAACUUGGAGUUUAUGCAGUGGAUGAAGAAGUAUUGUGAUUCUGUUAAUGGUGGCCAGCUUCACAGCUAUCACGCACUGGAGAGAAGAGAAGCCAGCAAAGGAGGAAAAGAAGCAACUAAGAGAGCUGCAGCUACACAACAAUCUGGCAAGAAUUCUUCUUCUUCAGCUGCACCUAGACCUUCCUCUUCAAAUGGUACCCGUAAACACGAACCACCAUCUUCCAACACUGGUGGGAAUCACCACUCUUCAAGAGCCCCCUCGUCUAAGCAAACGAAACCAGCGCCUGCUGCUUAUGAUGAAAAGAUCACAGAACUGAAACUCUACAUAGACAGUUUGGAAAAAGAGAGAGACUUCUACUUCUCUAAACUAAGAGAUGUAGAGAUUCUCUGUCAGAAUCCAGACACUGAACACUUACCUCUUGUUGGUUCCAUAAAAAGAAUUCUCUACGCAGCAGAUGGAGAAGACGUUGGAGCAGCAGCAGCAGAAACAAUACAGACCUUAAGCCCUAUAGCUGAAGGAUCGGAAGAGAGAAGGAACAGUGUAAUAGAGCCGCAGAAGAGGAAACUCAUAGUGAAUCAGGACGUGGAUGCUGCAGCUAUUACAUCACUCUCUCCAAGGCAACGCCUCUCUGAUGCUUCUGAUGUCAAAUGCAGUGGUUCAUCUCCUCUUCUGACCUGCUGAAGCUCCUUACUACUAUUUAUGUUUCUUGUGAACGUUGCUCUAUUGUUCGAAAAUUCUACAUUAGUACUUCAUAUAAAUCUUAUUAUUACUAUGUGCUUAAAUGAAAGCAUCAUUCAUAUGAUGUUUUUUGUAAUCGUU